AUGCUGUUACUCGUCAAUGACAGCUGUCGCUGUGACAUCACAUUUGUUACUUGGUUUCUGACAGCAGGUGUAGGGUGUGAAGAUGACGGGGCGUGUAGCUAUUAUAACUGGGUCCAACUCCGAAAUGAAGAAAAAGGUAAAGCUGCCGUAGAGAAAAUUCUCAGCAAGAAUCCAAAUGCUCUUGCUACUUUCAUGCAGCUUGACUUGGCUGAUAAGGCCUCCAUCCAUAAGUUUGUGGAAGAUUUCCAUGCCACAGAGAAAAAGCUGCAUAUCCUUAUUAACAAUGCUGGGCACUUUUUGAAUCCAAAAGAUAGUAAGCGACAAUUUACAAAGGAUAACUUUGAAUUAACAAUGGGAACAAAUCACUUAGGGCCCUUUUUGUUAACUCAUUUGCUAUUGCCUGAUUUGAAAAAAACUGGAGCUGAAGAAAAUGGUGAUGCUAGGAUUGUUGUUGUGACAUGUGUGCAUAAUAAGGCUUUAGCCAGACGACAGCAAGUCAUGGAGACCCUUGAUGUGGAAAACUUCUUCUUGGAGAAGGAAAAUACAUACAACUCCCACCAAGCCUACAAGAAUUCCAAAUUGGCCAAUGCUAUGUUUACUUAUGAACUUGCCAAACAGCUGGAGAACACUGGUGUCACCGUCAACUGCCUUUGCCCAGGUUUUAUUCCAACUACAGAAUUAUUCCGAAACACAAGCAAUGCCCAGAAGUUUUACCGCAAGUUUAUCCUGCAUGGACUCCUGCGUUUCACAAAGGCCACUAGAAGUGUUGAACAAGGAGCUAAGGCUGUGGUUGAAAUGGCAACAGGUGAAAAGCUCAAAGGUGUAUGCGGCAAAUAUUACAAGGAUAACCAAGAAAUGAAGGCUCCUGAGGAGUCCGUUGAGGAACUGCAGAAGAAAGUGUAUGAGUUGAGUGCUAGGUAUUGUCACUUGGAAGGCUAUGAACCCCUUGAUGCCCCACCACCUCCUCCUCCAGAGGAGCCCAAGGAAAAAUCCAAAGAGAAGACCAAAUCUGAGGGGGAAGAGGCCAAGGAUAAGACGACAGAAGAGUCUGAAAAAGCUGAAGAGAAAACUGAGGAGAAAUCUGAGAAAGAUACUGAGGAGGAAAAACCUGCUGACUCUGCUCCUCAAGAAAGUGACGAUGCCCCCAAGAAGGUGGCUGAGGAUGAUGACCUGAAAAAGGAAGCACCAGCUACAGAAAUUACUCCAGCAGCCACUGAGAUUGCUGCUCAAUAG